AUGUCCUCUCCAUCCUCAUCAGCUUCCGCAAAGCGGAAGCGGACCUCUGGCCCGGACCGUCUCAAAUCCGCCGCGACAGACCUACAGCAACCUUCUCACGACGCUUCAGGCGAAGAGCUCGCAGCAUCUCUCUCGCAUAACACUCGGAACCGCAAGCACACCCCAAGCAACUCUGUCGACAGCACUGUUCCCCCUAGGAAGCGAGCACGAACACGAUCCAAUGCUAACAGCUACGAAUCCAACGGAACUCGUGCUCCAGACCCAGCUCAGCACCCGGGUCCGUCUUCUCACGAUGACGAGGCCGAAGAGGCCGAGGAACACGGCAAAAAGAGACAGAGAACUUUUCUCGGUGCUACGACCAAGGCUGUUGUCAACGGGGAUGGAGGAACCAUGCAGGAUCCUCCGAAGGCAGGCUUGAGGGAGCCGGUGGGAUACAAGACAAAUCCCCCCCCGACGGGUCGGCCGGUCAGAGUGUAUGCGGACGGAGUAUUUGAUUUGUUCCAUCUUGGGCACAUGCGUCAACUCGAACAAGCGAAGACGGCCUUCCCGGAUACUUAUCUCAUCGUGGGAGUUACGGGCGAUGCAGAGACCCAUAAGCGUAAAGGACUGACGGUCCUCACGGGUGCGGAGCGAGCCGAGACUGUCCGUCAUUGCCGAUGGGUAGACGAGGUGAUUCCCAAUUGUCCUUGGAUUGUCACACCGGCAUUCCUGGCAGAACACAAGAUCGACUAUGUGGCUCAUGACGAUGAGCCUUACGGUGCAGAAGAAGGAGACGAUAUCUACGCACCCAUCAAAAAGGAGGGCAAAUUUCUCGUGACCCAAAGAACCGAAGGGGUGUCCACGACGGGAAUCAUCACCAAGAUCGUCCGCGACUACGAAAAGUACAUUGUACGCCAAUUAAAGAGAGGAACCAGUCGUCAAGAAUUAAAUAUCAGCUGGCUCAAGAAGAACGAACUGGAUAUCAAGAGGCACGUGCAGGAAUUGAGGGAUAGUAUCAAGACCAACUGGGCCACCGCUGGAGGAGAAAUCUCCCGCGACUUCCGACAAUUUUGGCUCAAUGCGAGUUCAAGGCCCGCAAGCCCAGCUCCGUUUAAUAGGCAGCACAGCGAUGGCUUGCGAAGUCCCAGCGCCGUGAGCGCCGUCGAGCAUUUGAAGCACUUGGAUAUACCCGGGAGCACUGACAAGAGAAGUGAUUCGCCUGGUAGAAUCAGUCGAAACGAAGAUUUUGCCACAGGUUACAGUUUGGGCUUGAUUGGAGGAGUCAAGUCUUGGAUGAUGCGAGGUAGAAGGGCCCUCAGAGAUAGUCAAGGCCCGAGUCCUGAAGGAAGCGAGGACGAUGAAGCUAGAAGCCCCAUCAGCAAUGACGGAGACGCAGUGGGCAUCGGAUUGAAAACGCCUCCUAUGGGCCGUGGCAGGAAGGGGAAGAGUGAAAGUGAACUUGAAGACACUCGGCGAGAAGCCAUGGACGUGAUGCAUUGA